UUGGCUUUUGUGCCAUAUAGUGCAGGACCUAGGAAUUGCAUAGGUUUCCGGUAUGCCUGGAUGGCGAUGAAAACAUCACUUUCGAAUAUUUUGCGCAAUUACGAAUUAUUACCUGGAGAACCGGGAACAGAGCCACAAUUUAAAUACAGAAUAGUUACUGAAUCUGCAAAUGGUGUAAAAUUGAGAUUGAAAAAAAGGAAGAACUAG